AGACCUCAAUGGUUAUGCACUCGUUAGUCGAGCGAGAACCGUUGCCGGAAUGACCUCGCUUAUCUAAACUCGCGCUCAAGCCUCACUUCUUCCAUUCUUACCUCCUUGUCUUUUUUUUUUUUUUUCUACUUUUUAUCUUUUCUUUUUCUUUUCUUCUUUUUCCCCCUCCAAGCUCCACUCAGAGAUUCAACGUUCACGAGGACGUAUUUGCUAGCCUCCUCGUAACGAUCCGUGUGCGCGGUCCGUACGCGAAAAUCUAAUAAUACGCGUGCGUGUCCCAUAUAGAUUCCGUAUUAUUGACGUGUACGUAUGUACAUACGUGUCUGCCUGCAUUUACAAGAGUCAACUGUGUGUACAAGAAAAAGGUCAAAUAAUUCGUAUGUCGAAACGAAGCCGAAAUCGAUCAAAUUGAAGAGUGGGCUUUGGUAGAAAGCACUCGUUAAGUGCUUCAACGGUGACAAAAACGUCGUCCUCUUCUUCGUUAAUUUCGCUUAACAUCGAGCGCCGUGAAAAAGCAUCCACACACCUCCUCGCGCAUCUUACUUUCCUGUUACAAUAUCAAGGAAAUAAAAUACGCUCGUUUGUUCUUUUCGCGAGAACGGGAGUCGAAACGAUAGGGACGAAAAGGAAAACGAAAAGUGAAAUCGUGGCGUACGUCGCUCGGAGAUAUACAUCGAAGAGAGAAACGUUGUUGGCGCCUCGUCUAAUCGCCUGGCACGAUGGCUUGCAAAGUUACUAAGUUCUCUCAGAAGAUCUAUGUGUGUGUGUCUCUCUCUCUCUCUCUCUCUCUCUCUCUCUCUCUCUCUCUCUCUGUCUGCCCCCUGAAGCAGCCCGAACGAUGGCCGAUCCACGCGGCUUCAAACCAAUAAAUCAGUUGUGGCAGAGCGUGGCAGUAUCAACGGAUCCAGAUUCGGAAUACUUAUACGAAGAGAUCUCGGGCCUUUCGGGGUCCCAGGAUACCGAAGUAAGGCCGGCGGGGGCCGCCGUCGUUGGGGAGGAGGAAGAGGAAGAGGAGGAAGAAGAAGAGGGAGGAGAGGGAGCAGAAGAGGAGGAGGAGGAGGAGGAGGAGGAGGAGGAAGAGGAAGAAGAGGAGGAGGAGGAGGACGAGGAGGAGGAAGAGAGAGGACUCGAACGACAAAAAGAAAUUUGUAGCAGCAGAAGUAACAGAGGUUGGUGGAGAUAUCACGAUACUGAGAGUAUCGGCACCACCACCAUCGCGACUAGCAAGAAAACAGGCGACUCGAGGUCGCGAAGCAGAUCGGCCGACAGGCCAUCAUCGAGUGAGAGGAAAAAUAUCGGUAGCAGGGUGGAGGAGGAGCAGUAUGCCGCGCGUAGGAGUUACGUGGAGUCCGGUACAGGAGCCGUACUGCCACCUCCUGCGACCGCUCUCAAGCUGACCAGGGAGCGAACAAGCAGCAGCACCGUUGCUCGGUACCUGCACUCGGCCAGUACCAAUACCGGCCAACAUUAUCACCAUCAUCAUCACGGCUUACACAGCAAACAUCCGCCCGGAGGUGCGACUAGGCCGAGCGUCAGGCAUCAUCAUCAGCAUCGCUCAAGCCGCGGAUUUUUCAGUAAUGAGACGCAGGAAGAGAUACAGGAGGACGAUGAAGCUACUCUACGGGAGUUGCUUGUAAGUCUGCAGAAACAGGUCAGCGUUAUGAGUAUGAACUUGAGUGCCAAGUUGGACGAGCUGCAGCGGGGUGACCGCCAGCUGGAGACUACUGUCGCCCUGUGUGAGAUACGCACGCAGCUACAGGAGCUCACCAAAAGUGUUGAGUCUUGCCAGAGCGAAGUCAGCGAGGUGAAAAGGGAUAUGGUUGCGAUUAAGCACGAGCUAGACACCGUGCAGCAAGUAAAGGAGGAGAUAGAGGAGUUACGAGAAUAUGUAGAUCGUCUGGAAGAGCAUUCACACCGGCGAAAACUCAGACUGUUGGAACAGGGCUUAACAUUUUUCUUAUCGUAUGCGAUAUUGGCGGCUGUUUUGGGCAUGUUGCAAUUUGGAUAUAACACAGGAGUCAUUAACGCACCCGAAGUGAAUAUAGAGAAUUUUAUGAAAGAUGUGUAUAAAAAUAGAUACGGAGAGGAUAUUACUGAUGAUUCUGUUAAAAAACUAUAUUCUAUAGCGGUGAGCAUAUUUGCAAUUGGUGGUAUGCUAGGUGGUUUUAGCGGAGGAAUAAUUGCCAACAGAUUUGGCAGAAAGGGGGGCUUACUGCUAAACAACGUGCUGGGCAUCGUGGGGGCAUGCCUGAUGGGUUGUACAAAGAUUGCUCACUCUUACGAAAUGUUGUUCUUUGGACGGUUCAUCAUCGGUGUCAAUUGUGGCUUAAAUACCUCAUUGGUUCCCAUGUACAUAUCGGAGAUAGCACCACUGAACCUAAGAGGUGGCCUAGGCACGGUGAACCAGCUCGCUGUUACGGUGGGCCUCCUGGUCUCCCAGGUGCUGGGCAUCGAGCAAAUCCUUGGGACAAACGAGGGUUGGCCUGUUCUCUUAGGAUUAGCUAUCUGUCCUGCCAUUCUACAACUAUUAUUGCUUCCAAUAUGUCCCGAAUCUCCGAGAUACUUGCUUAUUACUAAACAAUGGGAGGAAGAAGCACGAAAAGCUUUAAGAAGAUUAAGAGCUAGCAAUCAGGUAGAGGAAGAUAUCGAAGAGAUGAGAGCAGAGGAAAGAGCUCAACAAGCUGAAUCCACGAUCUCUAUGACAGAGCUUAUAUGUAGUCCAACGUUAAGAGCACCUCUUGUAAUUGGUGUGGUCAUGCAACUCUCGCAACAGCUAUCUGGUAUUAAUGCCGUAUUUUACUAUUCUACGAGUUUGUUCACCAGUUCAGGUUUAACAGAGGAAAGUGCUAAAUUUGCAACCAUAGGCAUAGGUGCCAUUAUGGUUGGUAUGACGCUAGUUUCGAUCCCACUUAUGGAUAGGACAGGAAGGCGUACCUUACAUUUGUAUGGUCUUGGUGGCAUGUUUAUCUUUUCAAUAUUCAUCACAAUUUCGUUUCUAAUAAAGGAGUUUUUUGGUUACGUACAGGAAAUGAUUGACUGGAUGUCCUAUCUAUCGGUUGUAUCGACGCUUAGUUUCGUGGUAUUUUUUGCUGUGGGGCCUGGAUCUAUUCCUUGGAUGAUUACAGCAGAGUUGUUUUCGCAAGGCCCUAGACCUGCUGCUAUGUCCAUUGCAGUUCUUGUCAAUUGGAUGGCUAAUUUUUUGGUUGGCAUUGGUUUUCCAAGCAUGAAGUCUAGCCUUGAAAACUACACGUUCCUACCGUUCAGUGCAUUCCUAGCCAUCUUCUGGAUCUUCACUUACAAGAAGGUUCCUGAGACCAAAAAUAAAACCUUUGAAGAGAUUCUAGCUUUAUUCAGACAUGGUAACGACAGGAGCAGCUUGCGAGACAGCAGACUUUACGGGAGCAUGCUAAACUGUGUGAAUGCAUUAGAGGGACACAUACCGCCAGCAGAGAGUGCAGCCCUGAUGGUGGCAGAAGAGAAGCCACAUCCAGAUUCAUUUGUGUUUGCAGCUGGAUCCGAGCGAUCUUCCGUCGCUCCCGCUCAACCGGAGAGGCCACCGCCCCCGCUUCCCCCGCCACGCUUUCCGAACAGCGGUGUCUGACAAUGGGAAAUAACUCCUCUUAAUAUUGGUAAUCUGAUGAUCAUGAACACUCCUAUUCCACUACCAUUGCUACUCACCACGAACAGUCUCAACCUGGAAAGUCAGCUCUACGAGAUUAUCACGGAAAGUAGCAAAGCUUGUGCGGUCUUUCUGAGGAACAGCUUACGUCGCGCUGCAAAUGCAACGAACUUCGGAUGGAGCUACGUCGAAAACUUGGAGCGCGCCAGGACCUACGAAGAAUCCUAGAGAGAUAGAUAGAUAGAUAGAUAGAUAGAUAGAGAGAGAGAGAGAGAGAGAGAGAGAGAGAGAGAGAGAGAGGGAGAGAGAGAGAGAGAGAGAGAGAGAAAUAAUUAUACCGACGAUGGAUAAACGCGAAUAAAUUUAGAGAACUCUCGAUGAAAAGAUACCCACGGAUGAACGAAUGUCAAAGAAAAAAAAAAGAAACAGAGAGAGAGAGAGAGCGAGUUUAGUUUCGUUAAAAAGAGCUGCGAAAAAAGUGAUUUGUGCCUAAGACGUGACAUAUUCGAGAGGAGGAGGAGGAGGAGGAGGAGGAGAAAGAGAGGAUAUUCGAAAACCCGCAAUAGAGUAAUGCGUUAUAGUGCAAGGUAUCGAAAGACAAUUUAAAUUUCGAAAAAAGCGCGGGAGAAAUUCCCUCUCCCUAUCUCCCCCUACCCCCUCACUUUUCUUUUUUCCAUAUUUCUCAUAUGUAUCGUCCCUCUCCUCGAUCGUUCACCGUUUCAAAUAAACGCAUAAUACCUCAUCUAAUUCACUUUUGUAUCGUUGAUUUCGAAGUAAUUUUUGACAAAUGUAAAGCUUUUUCCAUCAUCAUUUUCAUCGCUUUCGAGAAAGAAGAAAUAUCGUUCGUAUGAUUUAUGAUCGUUCCUGAUAUAUUCACGAAAGAUAUUGAUUCUUUUCUAGCGAUCGCAAAACAGCGAUCGAUCGUGCAACGAAAAAUCUUUUACGAGCUAAAGUACGAUUAUAUUCCUUCUUAUCGAAACAAAAUUUGCAAAAUUAGACGCGCGCUACAUUUCUACGAUCCUUUUGAAAAUUAGUUUCAUUCGCAUAUGAGAGAUGGCGUGAUCGCCGUUAAAAACGCGGGUCGCGUUAAUUGAUUAACGUUAACGCGACGAAAUAUUUUAUAAUUAGAACGUGACCAUUUUUGCCCCAAAAAUAUUUCAAUGUUAAAAAUAUAAUGAAAUGUACUUCUUUUUUUUAAUUAAAGAACAUCGGAAAUUAUAUAUAAAAACUUUGUAUUUGAGAAAAUAAUACGAAAAUCCAUAAGUUAGAAGCAUAAAAGUGGCGCGCGUCGUGCGCAAGAUUAAUAAAAAAAAAAAAAAAAAAAAAAAAAAAAAAAAAAAAAAAAAAAAAAAAAAAAAAAGAAAAAAAGAAAAAAGAAAAAAAAUGGUACCCGCUUAUAGACAAUUUAUUUUGAACAUUUCUUAGAAGCUGAUGCCUCUUCAAAGAAAUAUAAAAAGAUCGAAACGCGAUAGCGAGCAAGGCAUGCUUUUUCUUAUUUAAACUCAAUCAUCGAACUUUCUAACCUAAUCGAAACUUAUGACCGUUCGAUUUUUCGUGUAAAAAUAAAAAAAAGAAAAAAGAAAAAAAAGAGUAAAAGAAGAAAAAGUUAAAAGGAAAGAAAAUCUUUCUGCAUUUACGUGUACAUAAUAUGUAUAUACUUGUAUACUUUGACUAUACCUAUCAUAUUAUAUAUUAAAUUAGAGAAGUAAAUGUAUAAUAAUAUCGUCUUUCGCAACGAUACACGCCCGUUUUCUCCGUUAAAUUAUCAUAUACAAGCUUUGUCAAAAGGAGAAACAAUUAACAACAGUAAUAUAUUUAAACGGUACUGCACAGAAUUGACACAGUUUUUAUUUGAAAUGCCUCGAUUAAAACUGUUUAUCAUUAUCGUUAAAGAUUUGAUUGACGAUCAUUAUUUUACAAAAGAAGGGAUUCGCAUGUAAUAAUCAUAAAGAAGAAGAUAUUCCAACAGUUUAAUAUCCGUAUACUAUUAGACUUUUCCUUGUAAGAAAGAGAGAGGGAAAACAUUUACGAAUUUACUCUUCUUUUGUUCUUUAAAAAAUGCUCUUGAAUGCUUAAUCAUAUGCAUACGUACAUAUAUAUGUACAUAGGUCGGAAAAAGGAAUAAGACAGAUUCUUUUGAACUACUUGAACUUUACGAAAUCUUUAUGAAACAAAUCUUUCCUAUAGUAAUCGAAGUAAGAGAAUGAACGUAUUCGUAUGUUGAACGAACUCUUUGAAAUGUAACGGCAUAAAUGCAAUAUGGUGUUUUAGAAUAGACACUCAAGAAAAACUCAAUGAACACAAUGAAACUUCGGACAGUGCACUGCAAGAUGUAAUGUAAAAAAGAUAAUGAUAAAGAUAAAGAGAA